AUGGCCCAUUUAUGGUGGCUAUGCCCACAAAUUCAAAGCUAUUGGGACACAAUAUUGACCCAAAUAAAGGUUAUAACGGGGGAGGAGAUAAAGAAAGACCCCUGGGUCGUGCUCUUCCACGGCAGUCUGGAAGGGGUAAAAAAAUAUAAGCAGUCUUUAUUACCCCAUCUCUUAAAUGCAGCCAAGAGACUCAUCCCCAAAAAGUGGCAGGAGAAGGAAAGUCCCCAUGUCUGGAACUGGAUUGACGAAGUAGAGGAAACGUACAGUGAAAAACAUGAGUUACAUUACUCAGGUGUCAAUGGCCACCAUUUGUACAAUCGGUCAGACACAUUUUAUCUCUUGGGAUUCGGUGAACAAAGCUCACCACCCUUUCUGCUCUUUGCACUGUUUCUGUCAAUGUAUUUGGUCACUGUAUUUGGAAACCUUGGAAUUACAGCCCUUAUAUUAACAAAUGAUCAUCUUCAGAGCCCCAUGUACUUUUUCCUUUCUAACCUAGCAUUCAUUGAUCUUUUCUAUUCUUCGUGUAUUACACCUAAAAUGCUGGUUGACUUGAUUUCAGCAGAAAAGAGUAUAUCUUACGUGGGAUGUGCUUGCCAAAUGUACUUCUUUAUUGCCCUUGGGAGCACUGAAAGUUUUCUUCUUGCCGCAAUGGCAAUUGAUCGAUAUGCAGCAAUAUGUAACCCACUUCUUUAUCUAAGGAUUAUGACUAAAGAAAUAUGUCUUAAGUUAUUGAGUGGUUCUUACUUUGGUGGCUUUCUUCAUUCUUUAAUACAGACAUGCUCCACAUUUCGCCUUUCAUUUUGUGGCUCUCAUGAAAUUGACCACUUUCUUUGCGAUAUUCCACCUUUACUAAAGCUUUCAUGUAUGGACACUACCACAAAUGAGCUUAUUCUGUCAAUAUUUGCAUUCUUUGUAGCAGUUGGCUGUGUUAUUGUCAUAGUUAUCUCUUAUACUUUGAUUUUACGUGCUGUUUUUAGAAGUACUUCAUUUCAAGGAAGACUCAAAGCAUUUUCCACCUGUGGUUCUCAUUUCAUUUGUGUCAUUCUUUUCUACAGCACAAUCCUCUUUACAUAUCUAAGACCAAGCUCAAUAUAUUCUUUACAAACAGACAAGAUUAUCUCAGUAGUGUAUACAAUGGUCAUCCCAAUGCUGAACCCUCUUAUUUAUAGUUUGCGAAAUAGAGAAAUUAAGCUUGCUCUGAGGCAUUUUAUUCAAACAUUUAGAAGUAAAUCGUUUUAGAGAUGGGUGUACUAAAAAGGAACAAUAUAUGCUGCAUGGAUUUUUAAUCUUAAGCAAAUUUUAAGUGAGCAGCAGACCUAAAAUGAAUGAUAGGAUCACAUUUUUUGGGGUUGUUCACACAGUUGACCCUGCAUUGUUAAAAAAGCAGUACCAUAAAUGUGUUUUUUUUUAUAUAUAUUUUUUAAAAAAUUACAGUAUUCCUUUGUAUAGUCUUCCCUAUAAAGGGUACCCACAGUCAAGUUUUCAUGCUUUUAUUAGCAAUUAGUGAUUUCAUUCCAUACAAAGAUGUGUGCCUUACAGUGAAUGAAAAUGGUAAACCCCUUAAUUUUCGAAUAAAUUACUGAACUUAUUACAGUCAGAGGAUUGGAACUGGAUAGCUAGAAUUUCUAAGGACUGCACAACCCUGGUAAUAUUUUUUAAAUAAAUAGUUAUUUGGGUGUAGAAUUCUACCAAAUUCAACCCCCUUUGGGUUAUAUUUGUUUUAAACUAGCAACAAUAAAAAUUUGAAAAGAUUGGAUUGUUGCGAAAGGGUGGGGUCCCAUGUGGAAUUACCAGACUGUACUGUUGUGCCAGAGAUUUUUUUUGUCUUGGAAUGAGGGGGCAUGCUGCUUUUUUGUCCAAUGCAUAACAAACAUUUUCAUGCUUCAAACAGAAAUCCUGACAAUGAAUCUUAGUGAAUACAGAGGAUUGAGAUGCCCCCCCCCCCAGUUGUGCCUGCCCUCCUCAGUACAGCACCUGAGGUAGAUGCCUCUUUUCACUCAGCCCUGCCUUUCCCUAGGCUUAUUGGUAUACAAUAUUUUACAACCUCACUGUGGCAGAUAGUCAGAACCUACAUCAAGUUUGUAAGGGACAGUUACAGGCCCUACUCCUCCCACCAAAGUAAAAUACCAGUGGUCCAGUUCUAUGACUGGAAGAGAUCUUCCUCAAAUCAGGAGAAAGGGUGCCGGUUGCUGGGUAGUGAAGGAGGCAGUUGUUGCAGUAUCAAAUUUCACCUUUCUCUAUAUGCUAUCUGUAACCAUGCCUGACAUGAGAUUGCUUGACAAGUUGACAAGUUUUUGUGCUGAAGGGAGGUCAUAUUACAGGAAGCUUAAAGAGAUUUGUGGAAGGACAGCAACACAGUAUGCAUCAACUCAGCUGAAUGACAUACUGUAACUGGGUUCCAGAUGUUCAAAUGAGCACUUUAUCUAAGAACUAGAUAUGUUCUAUAUUGCAUAUCAUUGUUAGAAUGUGUGCUGUGGGAAGUAUCUGCCAUUUGGAAGAUGGAAGCUGGGUAUGAUGUACAGCACGUUAGACAUGU